AUGGGAUUCUGGCGCUCAUCAUUCGGCCUAGGCCUGGUUGCAGGCCUGGUAAUCUACUGGGGUCCUAUUAUCUGGCAUGUCGUCAAGAUUGGUGGCGUGCUUGAUACCCCAAAACAGACCUUGUUUGGUGAAGGCGAAGGUCCCAUCUACAUUGAAGAUACUAUUCAUUGCGAGGAUGUGCACCACUAUCUCCCGGCAAAUUUGUUGUUCACUGCAUGUGAGGAUACAGUUGAGACUCGUAUGGACUGGUUCCCUGGCUUGGGCCACCUGGAGCCACAUCCGUCGGCUCGUGGGUCCAUCCACGUCGUUGACCCCCAGACAUUCACAUCCAGAAGACUGGAGUUCGAAAACUUCGAAGGUUCUUUCGUCACACACGGCAUUGACGUAAUUGAAGAUCCCAAACACAAGGGCGCUGUUUAUAUCUUCGCGGUUAACCACUUGCCCAACCCCGAGUACUUUAAUGUGACCGAGCCAGUCGAGGGAACACUCAAGGCUCGCUCUCAAAUUGAGCUAUUCCACCAUGUACUGCAGUCGAACACAGUUCAGCAUAUCCGAUCCAUUCGUCACCCGCUUAUCCGAACCCCGAAUGAUAUCGUCGCUUCUAGCCCGGAUUCCUUCUACGUGACGAACGAUCAUUACUACAUCGAUGGAUUUAUGCGCAUUGUUGAGAUCCUGUGGCCUCAAGCAAAAUGGUCCUCUAUCAUCCAUGUUGAGGUGACCGACUUCAAAUCAACUGAUGCCACAGAAGGUUUCAAGGCUACAGUUGCGAACCAGGGUCUUUGGAAUAAUAAUGGUCUUGGUCACUCUCGCACUGAUACUGAGAUUGUUAUCUCCAGUCCGGCGGGUGGACAGCUUUACCUUGCUGAGGAGAAUACAGUCAACAAGACUCUCUCAGUGCAUACUACAAUCUCCUUCAGUACUGUCUGUGAUAACCCGAGUUACUACAUCGAUCCUUAUAGCACUGAAGAGGAUGAUGCGACUGGAUUCGUGGUCGGGGGUAUCUCGCAGCAUUUCACAUUUCCCAAAACAGCUAAGGAUCCUAAUGGUCUUGAUCCUGUGCAGAUCUGGUAUGCGCGCCCUCAGCCGGGUACAGAGAAUUGGGAGCAGAAGUUGCUAUUUGAAGAUGAUGGCUCGCGUCUUCGUACGGCUAGUGCGUCUGUUCUGAUUCCUAUUAAGCCUGUGGAUGGGAAGAAGAAGGCUUGGUUGUUUGCAACUGGGUUUAUGUCGAAAUCGAUGAUUGCUGUUCAGGUUGAGCUGUAG